AUGGGCUUCAAGCGUGUGAGGAGUGUAGGUGGUUUCACAGAAACGCAAAAGCAAGUGCUCUGGGUCCUCCCCGUAAUCAGCCCCGACCUUGACGUUGAAGCUGCACUGAAGGGUACUGUCAAUUUAGAAGGAUAUUCCCUGGCAUCUUUUGACACUUCCCAUGGCUUGAACUCAGAUGUUGAGGGCACUGAAUUUCCAGAUAGGCUCGAGUGGCAAGAAUCAUCAUUGGCUGCUCCCUCUGAACAACACAAGAGCCCUUUGGAUGGAAUGUCGUCACUGCCGGCGAGCGGAACGGAGUCGGGUUACCUGGGGAAUAGCUCUGGUACCACCAUUCUCCAAGCCAUCUCAGACUUGAUCCCAGAACCCACAAACCCCCAGGUUGAUCAACAAGAAAAUACGUCGCCCUCAAAACCUAAUCAGACUGGUAGUCCUGGCAUAUCGAUACACCUUGCAAAUGUGGCUGUUUUGGAUAGUUUAGUUGAUGCAUACUUCAUGUGGUAUAAUCGCUCGUAUCCAGUCUUGCAUGAAGGAACUUUCCGAGAGCAGUACCAACUUCGUCACAAGAUCCAUCCGCGAUCAAGCUGGCAUCCAAUAAUUUUUAUUGUCCUCGCAAUCGGUGACUGGAUUUUGACAGAAGGUUCAGAGGGAGAGCAAUCCGGAUAUUAUACUGCCGCACGAUCAUGCAUGUCAAUGCACAUGCUAGAGUCCGGAACACUGCUCAACGUCCAGGCUUUCUUACUGAUGGGCAACUAUCUCCAGAAACGAGAUCGUCCAAACACAGGAUACAACUUCAUUGGCAUUGCGUAUAGGAUGGCUGUGGGCCUGGGCCUUCAUCGCGAACCCCCCGGAGGAGCGAUCGCGGAUACUUUGUACGAUGAAAGACGAAGGGUAGUAUGGUGGAUUGUGUAUUGCUUUGAGAGUGGUCUCAGUCUGACGACUGGGAGGCCACUGACCAUCUCUGACUCGUUUAUUGAGACACUUUUACCGCGAAACAUCGACGAUUCUACUUGUAAUUUGGAGUCUCAUCUACCCCCUCCUGUACAACAACCCACGGUUUAUUCAGCUAUAAUCGCUCAGGCACGACUGGCGUCAAUUGGAAACGUUGUUUUCCGUGAAUUGAUUUCUUCCACGAACAAAAUUUCUUGGGACCUCAAAACCUCCCGCUCUAUCAAUUGCCAGUUCAAAGCAUGGAAGUUAUCGUUGCCCCCAUAUUUUACGGCUCAAGAUGUUCCCAGCUGGUUUCGGGGACCACGUACUAUUAUCAUUUGGAAAGAACAAAAUCUGCGAAUGAUGCUGUGGUGGGCAAGUCAGCGCGCGUGUAAUCUGCCUUCCGACAAAGAAGAAGCUCAAGGCAUGUGUCAUUUCACGGCAGUUGAAACAAUCCAGGAGAUCACCACCUUUAGGCACGACAACCCUGAAAUCUUUCACACUGGUCUCAGCUGGUACGCGACGUACUUCUUGUUUCAAGCAACUGUUGUUCUCAGUAUCCAUCAUCUUCGUCCAUCUCAACCUAUCCAUGCCAGUUUGGUGGAAGCCAGCGAGGAGCUAUGGUUGUCAUCCAUUUCAAGAGCUCGAGACUGUCUAGCUUCUUUAAGCAGUAACAACAAAUCUGCAAUGCGGUGUCUAGCGGUACUAGAUCGAAUAAGGGAACGAUCUCAAUCUUCGCAAGCAAUAUCAACCCCUCAGCCCAGCUGCCAGACUGGUCCCUUGCAAUUUGAAGACCUAGCUGAGAGCCCGGGGAUGCGUCCUGCGCCUUUGGCCAUCGAUCCUACUCUGCAGAUGUUUUUCAAUGACUCGGCGUGGGACAAUGAUAUAUUCAAAGGACUUAGUGGGUUUCCCGGCACUGGCGAGGUUGAGCCAUUUGAUUAUCUUCCAGUCAACAAUGAUCCGGGAUGGUCUAGACCAGGGUGA